GAUUGUAGUGGAUUGACCAAGUAGAAUACAGUUGGAACUAAAAAUAAUGAUUUGUAAAGGUGCAUUGUCUCUUUCUGCUGCUGGAAAAAGAGUCUUGUCCUAUUGCUCAACAACAGAUUUGCAACAGCCAGCAGCAGCACUUUGGCAUCAUCACCACAGGACGACUGCAGGAUUACUCAGGUCGAUCGACAAUAUCAGCAAUCAUGCAUGGUCAUUGAAUCAAGUUCGUCAUAAAACAUUUCGUAAAAACCCCACAAAGGCUUAUACCAAGCGUAAGAUCUGGAUUAAGCAGCUCAAGGCCGAAGGAAAACCUAUUCCUGAACAGACUUUUCCUGUCAUGGAAAACAAGUUCUGGCGAGUUGUUGGCAAGAUGAAAAUCUACAAGUCAGUCUCUCCAGGCUCUACUAACCGUCGUCAUGCCACUCGUUUUCAUCUACAUAAAGGCUCAUGUGUUUGGCGUCUGUCUUAUGGCAAACGAUCUACUGGAGGUCGCAAUAACACUGGCAGAAUUACAGUCCGUCAUCGAGGUGGUGGUCACAAGAAACGAGUGCGACAGGUCGACUUUAACCGAAACGUUCCUGGAAGUUUUGAAGUUGUUCGUUUGGAAUACGAUCCUAACCGAUCUGCUGAACUGUGCCUACUGCGGCAUCUUUCUACCAACGAAUUCAGUUACAUUAUUCGUCCUGCUGGUGUUGAUCCUGGCCAGAUUCUAUAUUCAUAUCGAUCUGGUAUUCCUGUAUCCACUGACCCCAAUGUUCCGUCUAUUUCCAAGUCUGAGCUUAUCCAGCCUGGAAAUUGUCUACAUCUCAAGGAUAUUCCUGUAGGUACACUGAUUCACUGCAUUGGUCUGCAUUCAAAUGGUCCUGCCCAGCUAUGUCGAUCAGCCGGUACUUCUGGCCAGCUAAUCUCUACUCCAAUCGCCACGCUUUCAUCAACUGUUGCCAAUUCCAACGAUGAUCUUCCACAGCCCGUUCAAUACGCGCAGGUGCGUUUGUCCAGUGGGGAAGUUAGAUUGAUUCCUGCCGAUGUUUGUGCCACGAUCGGAGUUGUUGGUAAUGAACUUCACAUGCAUCGCAACUGGGGUAAAGCAGGUGCUCGCAGACGUAAGGGAUGGCGACCAGCAGUCCGUGGUAUUGCCAUGAGUGCACACAAGCAUCCUCACGGUGGUGGUCACAAGAGUAAAGGAAACAAAGCACCUCGUAGUCCAUGGGGAUGGAAGACAAAGGGGUACAAGACUGUACGCAGGAAGCGAUGGUUUGUGGUAACUCCCAAAUGGAAGGCCAAGAAAUAAACUCUGAAUACCACAUG